AAAAAGUAACAGCAAUUAUCUUUUUGUGGUACUUCUCCUAAUUACAUGAGGAGAAAAAAAACAUUGAAAACCCAGAUUAAUAUGCUCUAUUCUGGACAACAUACACAUUAUAAUUUUCAAAGGCAGUGAGAAAAAUUGGAUGCAACUUUGAAAUAUUGUUGGCACCAAACAGCAACACAGUUGACUGGGUAAGGCUGUGAUGCAAGUUGCCAGAAACCCGGCCCAUUACAGUUACGAUCUUCAACAAACUGUCCACUUACCACCAUAGUAAUUUGUUCUAUCCUCCAAAUGCUUAAGAAAAAAAAAGAGCCGCGCCAAUUCUGUCAACAUUAAAGGAAAAUACAACAACGCCUUAUUGUUCACUUGAACGACUUGUUUUUUUCUUUACAGUUCAGACUAUGGAGUCUUUUGUAAGUGAUACAAAGGCAAAGCAGGAAUCUGUGUGCAUCGCGAGUGGUUGAAAAUUAGAAGAAGAGCAUUAGAAGAAAACCGCUAUCUGAUCUGAUCAUACCGACUGUCCUGUUCUUCCUCCCAAUGCGCUCAGCAACACAAAUUGCUCGUAAAAGCCCACAUUUUGUGGUCGCGACGUCAAGAUGCACGUAAAGUUCCUCGGGAUUCAAGUUGAACCAACAAACAUGAUGGAGAGCUCUUCUAUUAAGUGAAACUAUUCAACAUAAAUAUGUAACCUUAAAAUAUUAACAUAGGUUUUAAAUCAGAAUACGUUUGUGACGGCCAUAAACAUUUAAAAACUAGUCAUCUCGAAUGCAAAACAUGUCAAAUUUACUGCCUUUCUUUGCCUCUUCCUUUCCUCAUGAUAGGGCAUCCUUUCAUAAAAUUUGCACCAUAAUUUCAGUCAAUAAUAUUACUUGAAACCCUUUAUGAAUACGCACCUUUUGGAGAGAACAUUAAAUGCUCAAAUGCUUUUUGAACAUAAACUUUACAGAUUUUAAGCAUCUUAUCCCUUCAGAGGAUUCCAGUUGAUCUAAUACAACAAUAAGCGGCCCAGUUUUCAGAUAGUGGGCUACGAAUUUACUAGAUGAGACCUGAAGGUUCAGUUCUUGUAAAGGGGUGGUGUUGUGGUCACAAUGGUCGGAAAGAUAGUUAUUGGUGACUACAACAAACCUCUGUAGCUGCAGGUGCUGGUGGAGAAAAGUUCAGAGUGACAUUCUCCAGAUCGGUCCGUUUUAUCAUCUAAUGAGAAAGUCUGAGGCGCGUGAAGAGAAUCAUGAAGGCCCUGCUGUUCUGCCUGCUUGCCUGCUUGCUCCCCCUGCAGGCCACCGCCUCCGAGUUUGUAAACACAACCAGCAGCCCGGACCCGGAAAGCAGCCCGCACGCACGCUACGAAAAGUUCAGAAGGCAGCACGUGGACAAACAGAUGACGGCAAAAAAAUGCACGGCAGAGAUGAAACGGAAGAAGAUCUACGACGACAACAACGUCUGCAAGGAUAAGAACACGUUCAUUCUCGCAGAUGCCAAGGAAGUCCAGUCUGUCUGUAGGGGUCAAGGGGUCUAUAAUGACACUAGUCAUUACACAGAGAGCAAAAAGAAGUUCAGAGUUGUGGUUUGUACGGCCAAGAAACAAGCCAGGAAACCCAAAUGUGAAUACAAUGGAAAACGUCUGAAUAACAGAGUGAUUGUUGUGAGUUGCCUAGGUGAUUUACCUGUGCACUACGUAAGAGAUCACAUCUAAACCUUAUGGUGAGGAAAAUGCUUUAAAACAAGAUGCUAAUCUUUUCUGAGCAACUUUUUAAAAUUAUAGAUGUAUACAUCUUUUGACGGAUUUUAAGAAACAACUA